AUGGCAAAUCCAAUUCAGAAGUUGCGCUUGACUCUGAUGUCCGAUCGGCCUUGGCUCCGAGAUGAGAACGGUCUGGCUGCCGCUUUGACGGAUUACAGUCAAAGCCACGCUUUCCCAUCGCAUAUCGUUGAUAACAAGACGCGCGCCGCAUUACAGUCUGGUUUCGUACCGAGUCGCUAUAUACCCCAGGGAGUGUGCGACUAUUGUCUUGACGAGGGGGUGGGAAACCUCACGAGCAACAACUACCCCCUAAAGUAUCCCACAAACCAUGAUUGUACGUUCCGCAUAAAGAAGGCUCAUAAGAAUAUAUGCGCCGUCCGCUUGCUGUUCCAUGACUUCGAUGUUGAGCAAUCAAGCCAGUGCUACAAAGAUAAGCUCAUCGUGGACGGAGUCAAUUACUGUGGAGACAGCUGGAGGGGGAACACAAAAGUUGUACAGUUCUAUAAGCGAGAUGAGAUCCGGCUCAACUUCGUCACCGAUAACUCCGGAUCCGGGCGAGGAUUCUGGAUCGAAGCGGAACCCGUGUCAUGCGCAGAUGGCCGAACGGGGUCUGGGGGCAGAUCGCUCCAGAACCCCGAGUGCGAGGAAGUUUUCAGAGACAAGGAGUUCGUGAUGAAUACCGACAACGAUUGCACGUAUUACAUCCGAAAAGCGCCGCUCAGCGGCAUUUGCGGCGUGCAGUUCCGCGUGGCGAACAUCGGCAUGAAUUGCGAAAAAGACUUCCUGAGCGUUGACGGGGGUCGCGACAAGUUGUGCUAUUCGAAAACAGUGCCAUUCGAUGGGGAGAUGAUGGUCGUCUCGACAAAAGGCAGCCCUGGACGCGGGAAAAUCCGAGCUCGACAGACCAAUGAUUGCCCGCUCGCCCCACCGCCCUUAUGCGAUAUCUGCACCGAGCGUCUCUCCGAUGAUCUGACAUCGUACGGCUACGCCGUCAGCCAAUAUUACAGGAACAACCUGCUAUGCAAAAUGACGAUUUCCCGACCCUCGGACAUGUUUUGCUCGGUGAAAGUAUUCUUCAAAGACUUCGAUGUGGAGGAAAGCUCCAGCUGCGACAAAGAUUUCCUUCUAAUCGACGAACAACGCGUUUGUGGGACAGAGCUUCACGGUCAAUCCCGAAUUCUCGAAUACAACAACGAAGGCAACGUCGAACUUGUCUUUCGAUCCGACGGCCAGAACUCAGGCAGGGGAUUCCACCUGAGAUUCCAACAGCUCGCCUGCACCUCUCUGUCGAAUCAGCCGACGCCGAAGGUGCACCGCUGCGCGCAAACUUUCAUGUCGAAAGAAUUCACAAUCCAGUCACCGAGAUUUCCUGACAACUAUCUCGACAACACCGAAUGCAAAUACACCGUUGUGAAAGCCAGCCCGGAUACGUGUUACUUAGAGCUUACGUACACGUCAUUCGAUCUCGAGGAUUCGAGGGAUUGUUCAAAGGACUUCCUCGAAAUCGCCGGUGAACGACACUGUGGAAGUCUGCCGACGGAUCAUAUGCAUCUGAUACCUUUUGUCGAAGGGGAUAAAGUCGUCCGGUUCCACAGUGAUGAUUCGAACCCGAACAAAGGAUUUUCAAUCCGAGCCAGACAACUAAGUUGCGGCUCCAGAAGAAUCGGAACAGGCCCCACCGGCAGAAAACUUGACGGCCCUACCUGCAACAACGAAACCCCUUUCCGCGCACUAACUUUCGAAAUCGAUAGUCCCGGAUAUCCCGAAGCGUACGGUGACAACCAGAAUUGUGCCUACACCAUUCAGAAGAACAACCCGAAAGUGUGCCGUCUUCAAGUGACUUUCGCUGAUUUUUCUCUGCCGCCGUCAGAUGCUUGUCAGGGUGAUAAUUUAUCUAUCGACGAUCUACGGGUCUGUGGGUCGGUGGUUCCUGGGACCAUACGUAUAUUCGACAUGAAAGAAGAUUCGAAGAAGAUCGAGUUCCACUCGAACGACAAAACGACCGACCGCGGCUUCCGUCUUCUGGUGAAACAAGUCGAAUGCGAUACUCCCACUGCUGCCGCCGCCGGAGAGGGCGGCGAAGAGCCUGUGCAGUGUGACCGCGUCUAUUCGACUCGGGACGCUGUCAUCACAUCUGUCGGAUACCCCAAUUCCUACGAUAACAACCUUAACUGCGCUUACACGAUCCGGAAGGCCGCCGCUUCUGUUUGCCGUCUGGAACUCGUCUUCCAGAAGUUUGAUGUCGAGUCGUCGACCGAUUGCGAAUACGAUUACCUGCAAGUAGGCAGCGAGAAAUUGUGCGGUGUGUUCACUCAGAACACGAGCGGCAUCUACGAGUUCGACGAACCUGAGAAAGUCCUCAAGUUCCAUAGCGAUGCGGCGAAUUCGCGACCUGGUUUCCACAUCAAGAUGCGACAGAUCGACUGCGGAAAACAAGAGGAGGAAGGUUCCGGAGCGUUCGAGGAUUUUGCAGAUUCGCCGGUCGUGUCCAAUGUCAUACCGAGAAAAUGCGACAAAGUCUUCACGUCGAAGCUCUUCGAUAUCCGGAGCGUCGACUACCCGAGCGGCUAUCCUGGCAACCUCGACUGCAAAUACAUCAUUUUCCAAGCGAACAGCAAUGUUUGCAGACUCGAAUUCACCUUCAUCGAUUUCGAUAUGGAAUCCGAUUGUCAGACCGAUUAUCUGGAAAUUGAGGGCGAAAGAUUCUGCGGGAACUUGCUCGCAGACACGAAAAAAGUCGUUCCGUUCAGAAGCGCUCAGAAAAUUGUUCGAUUGCGCACCGAUCCCGUUUCGAGUCGACCUGGAUUCCACAUCAAAGUCAAGCAGGUCGAAUGUCCCUCAAGUGUCAUCGACAGACCCGCACAAGACUUCGGGCCGGAGAAGGCCGUCGAGACAAUCAAUUGGAAGCCGACGAAGGAUUGGGGUAGUCCCGACCCGAUCGACCAAUCCCAUGGGGGAACGGGCCACCAACAUGGCGGGGUUUCGAUUCUUAUGCGAGAACUUCACAGAGAACACUUCCUGGAUCACGGCUCUGGACCCUGCCGAUACGAGUUCAGCGACCACUCCGGUGUUUUCUACUCCCAAAAUUUCCCCGGCCCCUAUCCCAAUCGCAUGAGCUGCAGAUAUAAGAUCAGCGCAAAACCGGGUCACUGUCAAGUCGAGUUGAACUUCGUGCAGUUCAGAUUGGAUGAGAACGGGGCGAUUCAUCCCUCCGAAACCUGCGACCACGACUACAUGGAACUGAACGGCAUAAAAUACUGCCACCGGCAACUGGAGGGCCAGAUCAGAACUCUUGAGUUCGACGGUCACCCACCGAUUGUCGAGAUGAAGUUCUUCACCGAUGAGGAGGCGCACGGGAAGGGAUUCCUCGGUUUCUAUCGGCAGCUUCCGUGCCGCGGUCACGGCCCCGAUGGAGGUCCGGGACGUCCUGUGAUCCACGGUGAACCUCUUCCGGACACAACGAGAUCCCAUCAGCCUGCGAAUCAUCUCGGGGAGAAGCGUCAACCGACGUGCGAUAAACUCUACGCUCUCGCGGAUUUCAACAUCGAAUCACCUGGGUAUCCUGGACCCUAUCCGGGGGGACUGGACUGUAAAUACUUUGUCCGCCGUGCCUCACCCGAUGUGUGCUCGCUGGCGGUGUCUUUCCAAAAGUUCGACAUCUCCGAGUCACCGGGCUGUUUCUUCGACUUCCUGGAGAUCGACGGGGAAAAAAUCUGCGGUCACGUGGCGACAGGUACGGUGCGCAUCGUACCGCUGAAGGACUUCCAAACUGGCUUCACAUUCCACUCGAACGACGGAGCUCCACAGGGCAGCAGACAGGGUUUCGUUCUCAGCGUGCGUCAGAUCCCUUGCGGAAGUGAUCCCCAUCUCCAUACGGGCGGAGAACGGAUACCCGAGUAUCCGCCGACGUUCACUCGGACCGAUCCGAUCGGUCCACUCCCUCCACCGCAGACGCCCGAUCGGGGUUCUCUGCCGUUCCCCCCGCAGACUCAUCGAGUUCAUUACGGAGCAGGUGGAUAUGUGGGAGGCUUUGGACGCUUCGGUUCGCCGCAGCGUCCCCCGACGACAAACUAUCUCGAUGUGCCUCGUCGUGACAUGUAUAGACCUCCAUUUAGACCUGAUUAUUAUCCUGACGGCCAGAGGUAUUAUCCCUCGAGGCCUGGUUCCUAUCCCCAAGGUGGCGAUUCCUCUCACGGCAUGAGUGGUCACGGUCCCCACGGUCCUCAUGGAGCUGGACCCACACUUCCGGGCAAAGGUCAAUGCGAUCAAAUGAUUCACGAGCCUUAUUUCGAAAUAAAAUCGAACGAGUUCCUCGGGAACCACAUCGACUGCAGGUUCACGAUCUACCAGCAGAACCGCGAAAAUGGAAUGUGUCUCGAGAUUCUAUUCGUUCGCUUCCAAAUCGACUGCGAUUACGAUCAGAUGCGUAUCGACGACCAUCAGUUGUGUGGGACAAUAGCACCGAAUACGAUCCGCCAAUAUAAGUUCCAUGACUACUCCAGACCGUUGUACUUGUACUUCCACUCGUCAUCGGGUGUCAAAGCGAGCGAUUUCGCCAUACGAGGCCGUCAGAGUCCUUGCUCGGGGAUUCCGACCGGUUCCUAUCCGAAUCAGGACAGAUCGGAUCCAUAUCAUCCCCACCGAAGGCCCGGUUAUCCCGAAUCGGAUCGGCCAAGCUAUCACAAGCCGUCCCCCCAACCCCCCUACGAUAAGCCGAUGCGUGAUCCGUUCGAUCGUCCAUACGAUCGCCCGUUUGAUCGACCGAUGUCCAGGCCGUCGAACCCCUCAUUCGAUCGACCCGGAAGUCGACCGUUCGAUGGACAGAAUCAACGGCAUCCGAAUUGCGACGCUACUUUCUCAGGGCUCGAAUUCAAAAUAACCUCGCCUGGCUUCCCGAGUCCCUACUCAGGUGGAGACUGCAAAUACACCGUCCGACGGUACGACUCGGCCACGUGUGCCAUUGAACUCUACUACGACCUGAUGGAUCUCGAACCGUCUGGGAGUUGUAGCUCGGCCUACCUGGAGAUCGAGGGACAGCGGCUAUGCAACAUGCCGUCGAGACAGAUCCAGAAGAUCAACUUCAACGAGCCGCAAUCAGAGAAGGUUAUCACCUUCCAUGCGGACCGCACUGCCAUUUCGCAUCGCGGUUUCUCACUACGCGUCCGACAAGUUACGGACUGCGCCGCUCAGGAUCGGCCUUUCGGAAAAGAGGCUCCUCUACCCCCGAGUCCGCUUUGCGAUUAUUGCCAACGCGAAGCCCACGGUCAGUUCGCGUCACCGAACUACCCCAGUCCGUACGGGGGGAAUGCGCGCUGCUCUUACAGGAUCGAGCCUGUCGAUGGUUAUUGUCAGGUUGAGAUGUAUUGGCAUGAUUUCGACUUGGAAAGCUCACCCAAUUGUCAAAAAGACAUGAUAACCCUCGAAGGAUCUCGCUACUGUUCGAACGACCUCAAGAAAAAAUCAAGCAUCUUGGACUUCCCCGCGACUCGUCAUCCCGAAAUUAAACUCAUGCUUCAGUCCGAUACGUACGGGGAAGGCCGAGGCUUUCACAUGGAAUACAGGCAGCUAAAGUGCAAGAAUUCCACAACGGCGACAACACUGGCUGCCGCGGCUCCUACAACGACUUCAACACAGACCACUGACCCUGUUCCGGAAGCGCUCACCUUUAGAAAGAGCAGUCACGAACAAACCGUGAAAACGGCGCUCUUCAUCAGCAACAAUAACACAACGGCUGCUCGCCGUCUCGAAACGAAAGGACGCAACUUUGAGCUACUGGAACGCGAAGAGGUCGAGUCGGAUAAAGAUACUGGAUACAAAAACGUUGGACCUUUCUCGGGGGGCUCGAUGAUAACCGAGAGCAGCGCACCGAGGCAAGAAACCGCUGCACCGUCGUGGACCCGCUUCGCGAAACCGACUCCAGCGUGGAGAUAG